AUUUGUUGUUUGCAAAGUGUCCAAAUCAAAAUCAAAACAAACACGACGCCAAUUUCAACAGAUUUUGUGCUCUAAAUCGAAAAUCGAAAAAUCAAACGCACUCCAAUUGGAAACUAGUUCGUCGUCGAAUCAACGACGACACAUUUGCAUUUAGUUCGUGACACUCAUCAUCAACACAACAUUAGCAUCAGCAUCAACAUCAACAUCAGCUACUGCUGCCGACAGCCAACCCGCCACGCUCCACCCCGUUCCGCCCAGCAACAAACAAAAUCGAAUAUCGCGCAUCGAAAAUAACCAAAAGCGAGCGCGUGUUAGGUGCACCAUAGCGUCCCGCAGAGUUGGAACCAGUGAGCCGAGUGCUGGGGAAAAUAGGAACAGAGCACUGGACGAACACAGUGAACGCAGCAGCCGCAAAGAUGAUUGGACGUUUGUUUCGCGCCCAUGGCGAAUUCUGUGCCUCGCAUCCGUGGGAGGUGAUUGUCGCCAUGCUCACCAUCACCGCCUGCAUGCUAACUGUGGACACGAGCAGCAGCACACUGGACACCAGCAAUGGUCUUAGCAGUGCCACAGCAACGGCUGCUGCUGCUGCUGCUGCUGCUGCUGGUGCCACAGCUACAUCAACCGUCACACCAAAUGGUCCAGCCGCACCGCCGCCCAUCAUUGCCAGCGGACCGCAAUCGGCGUCUUCGAGUCGGCAUCGUCCAUGCCACGGGUGGAGUCAGUCGUGUGAUGACCUCGAAGCGGAAUACAAUGCCGCCGAUGUGAUCCUAAUGACCAUUGUCCGCUGCACCGCCGUGCUCUAUUGUUACUAUCAGUUCUGCAAGCUACAUCGACAGGGAUCAACCUAUGUGCUCGGCAUUGCCGGGCUUUUUACGGUCUUCUCCAGCUUCAUAUUCACCACGGCCAUAAUGAAGUUUCUCGGCAGCGAUUUAUCCGAUUUGAAAGAUGCGCUCUUCUUUCUGCUGCUGGUCAUCGAUUUGUCCAAUUCGGGUCGACUGGCCCAGUUGGCGCUAUCCGGCAGCAGCCAAACGGAGGUCACCCAGAAUCUGGCACGCGGCUUGGAGCUGCUGGGUCCCACAAUAUCGCUAGACACGAUUGUGGGCGCACUGCUGGUGGGCGUGGGCACGCUUUCGGGCGUACAGCGUCUGGAGCUGCUUUGCAUGUUCGGAGUGCUCUCUGUGCUGGUCAACUAUGUGGUCUUUAUGACCUUCUAUCCCGCCUGCCUGUCGCUCAUCUUUGAUCUGUCCCGCAAUGGCAUUGAUAUGUCUGCGGUCCAGGAACGUGCAAAGGGUUCGUCGCUGCUCAAAUCACUCACCGAGGAGGAGCAGAAGGCCAAUCCGGUGCUGCAGCGUGUCAAGCUAAUCAUGAGCACCGGCCUGAUGAUUGUCCAUAUCUACAGUCGCAUCGUCUUCAGCAGCAGCGAUUACGAUGCCGUAGACAAAACGCUAUCACCUACACUUAAUCUUAAUGUCAGCAACAAUCGCACGGAUUCUGGCGAAAUUACUGACAUCAUUAUCAAAUGGCUGACGAUGAGCGCGGAUCACAUCGUCAUCUGCAUUGUGCUGAUUGCGCUUGUGGUGAAGUUCUUUUGCUUUGAUAAUCGCGAUCCCCUGCAGGAGCAACUGCGUCAAAGCACCACAGCAAAAGCCUCACAGACCACACCGCUGGAGGAUGAGAAGAGGGAGACGAGAUCUAAACAGCUUGUAGCUGUGCGCACGCCACGUUUCACCAUCGAGGAGCAGAGCUCCGCAAAUGCAGCCACGCAGACCGAGUUGGUGUGCAUGCGUCAACGUCUGGUGGCGCCGCCCACACGUCCGCCACGCCCACUGCAAGAAUGCCUGGAGCUGUUGAACGGUACGGACGACGAAGCCGACAGCGCUGCCGGCCCCAAUGCAUUGAGCGAUGAGGAAGUCAUCGCCAUUGUGAAUGCCGGCGGAACGCACUGUCCGCUCUACAAGAUUGAGUCGGUGCUGGCAGAUCCGGAGCGUGGCAUACGAAUACGUCGCCAAAUAAUCGCCAGCCGCGCCCAAAUGCCCAUGGAACGCAUGGACAUGCUGCCUUAUCAACACUUUGACUAUCGGCGCGUGAUGAACGCCUGCUGUGAGAACGUGCUUGGCUAUGUGCCCAUACCAGUUGGCUUUGCUGGCCCCCUACUGCUGGAUGGUGAGAAGCACUAUGUGCCUAUGGCCACCACCGAGGGUGCUCUAGUGGCCUCCACAAAUCGUGGCUGCAAGGCUCUGUCCGUUCGCGGCGUCCGUUCCGUUGUGGAAGAUGUGGGCAUGACUCGAGCGCCCUGCGUCCGUUUUCCCAGUGUGGCGCGUGCGUCCGAAGCCAAGAAGUGGAUCGAGAAGGAUGCGAACUACCAGCAGGUGAAAACGGAGUUCGAUUCAACGUCACGCUUUGGUCGACUCAAGGAGUGCCAAAUUGCGAUGGAUGGCCCACAGCUGUAUAUACGCUUUGUGGCACUCACCGGCGAUGCCAUGGGCAUGAACAUGGUGUCCAAGGGUGCCGAGAUGGCGUUGCGCUGCAUCAAGCGACAAUUUCACGACAUGCAAAUCAUUUCACUGAGUGGGAACUUUUGCUGCGACAAAAAGCCGGCCGCUAUCAACUGGAUAAAGGGGCGCGGCAAGCGUGUCGUUGCCGAAUGCACAAUACCGGCGGCCACGCUCCGCACCGUACUGAAAACGGACGCCAAGACGCUGGUUGAAUGCAACAAACUAAAGAAUAUGUCCGGCAGCGCCAUGGCGGGCACCAUUGGUGGCAAUAAUGCGCAUGCUGCCAAUAUGGUGACAGCUGUAUUCUUGGCCACUGGCCAAGAUCCCGCACAGAAUGUCACAUCGAGCAAUUGCUCCACAGCGAUGGAGUGCUGGACCGAUAACAAUGAGGAUUUGUAUAUGACGUGCACGAUGCCCUCCCUGGAGGUGGGCACAGUUGGCGGUGGCACUGGACUGCCCGGCCAGGGUGCCUGUCUCGAUAUGUUGGGCCUGCGCGGCGCGCAUGCCACUCAGCCCGGCGACAAUGCCAAGAAGCUGGCCCAAAUUGUCUGCGCCACCGUAAUGGCCGGCGAGCUGAGCCUAAUGGCCGCCCUGGUCAACAGCGAUCUAGUCAAGAGUCACAUGCGCCACAAUCGUUCAUCGGUUGCCGUGAGCAGCGCCAAUAAUCCGCUCAACGUGACCGUCUCCAGUUGCAGCACGAUCAGCUAGAACUGACGCCACUUUCUCCUCCUCCUGUAUAUAAAUAUGAAAUAUUUUGUGGGCGCCGCUUGCGUUGUGGGUGUUACGGUUGACAAAAAUUCUUUUGUUCAAAUGAAUGCUUCAAGAGUUAAUAAUGUAAUUGUAAUUAAUCAAUUGGCCAGGCCAAGCAGCAGCAUUAAGCAAAUUGUUCAAAGCCAAAGCCUUUUGUGUGCGUGUUGUAAUUUUGUUGAAUCGAGUAUCAAGUAUGCCGCAGUCUUGGACUCAUUAUUGUUGCAAUUUCCAUUUAGGUUAUACGAAUAUCCAUACAUAUAUAUAUAAAUGUACA